UAUUACAUAUUCGAUCGAAAGGAAGGCAAUCGUUUUCGCUAGAUUGCAGUGAUGUUGGCCAUUUCCCGACGGACGCUCGGGCUGCACCUCUGCUGCCCAAGGGCAGCUGCGAUCGGCAAGAAUAAGUACUUGGCAGGCGAGACAUCGUCCGGGUUAACCAUCGAGGUAUAUCAGCUGUUCCACGAGGAUUAUGGCCGAAAAGAACAAACCUCAGCCCGAUAAUCGGCUACGAAGCAAUCGGCAUCAUCGACUCCACCCUUCCGACGGUGGCGAUCUUUGCCACGGCCAGCCCCGCUCAAACAAUCCCGGACAUUAUCGAAAAGCUGCAGGCGGCCAACGCCAUCAUCAUGCCUGCUUCGGCAACCUCGUUCUUCAAUCAGCAGCGUGGCGAAGGGGGAAGCGAUGCCUGAGCGACAAGAAUCGCCUGUGUGCUGCUGUGGAACAGCUUCAUCCGGUUUGGGACGGCGCGCAAGAUUGUCGCCCAGCUCACGCGGCCCGGCAUGAUCGGCCGGAGGUGCGGAAGACGAAACAUGUGUCAAAGAGUAGUUCGCGCGCAAAUUUGUUAGCACUAGUUACUAUGUGGCGCAUUUAUUUUAAUUUAUAAAGCAAUUUGAUUGGAA